AUGGGGAAGCAUAUCGUCUACACCAAGAUCACGCCGCUGCCAUCCAACGUUCCGCGCCAACUGGCCCUCGACCUGCUCCACAGCCAUGAAGAGGUCAUCCGCAUGAAUCCGCUUGUCACCGAGGUCAAGAUCGUAGAAGCGCCGCGAACCGCUGCCUCCGACGAGUUCUUUUCCAACUGGUACGAAAUCACCGAGAUCAUAACCUGGGGCUUCGGAUUGAAGAAGAAGAUCAAGUUCCAUGGCGUGUUCCACGAUCAGCCGUACGGCAUGCAGUCGCAUGUGUAUGCGCCGAUGAACACCGACAUGCGACAGACCUAUAAAAUAGGAGGCAACCAGCCUGGCGAGCCGAGAGAGGCGAAGGAGCUUGGUGUGGAUACGCCGGAGAACGGGCUGUAUCUGAGAGAGGAUGUCAAUAUCAAGGUCAACACUCCUUUGGUGGGCGGGAUGGUGGAGAAGGAGAUGAAGUCGGCGAGUAAGGUCAUGAUUGACAGGAUCACGCGCAAGGCAGAACUACUUGACGAGGGCAAGCUGCACGCCAUGUUUGAGCAAGGGCGUUUGAAGACUUCGAAGCCGAGCGGUGACCCGACCUACGUGGACCGACCGCUACCAUCACCUGGCAGUCCGCCCGGCAGUCCACUUCCUGUUGGAACGCCAGAGACAGGCUUUCAGUCGGAAUUCAAGUCGCCGAAUGUGGAUUCGAAAGGCUUCGGCAGGUACCAUGAUGUUGCGCCCGAUCGAAAUGGCAGCGUACGAGCGAGCCAGUACGCACCAGCCUACCAACAAACAGGAUAUCAAGGACCCGACUACAGCAGACCGGGUGCACAGCUGCCUGGCCAAUAUCCUCAGCAAUCGUUUGUCAGUGAGCUGCCCGGCUCGUUUUACCAGCCGCAGACGGUAGACAAUUUGCGCCCAGCACCACUUCGGCCAGGUUCACAACCUCAGUCCCAACAUGUCUUUCGAGCAGAGAUGAUGGGCGACACCAACUUCCUCCACCCACAGCAAGCCAACCAGACGUACGACGCAAAACCACCUUCGCCUGGUCAGAUACAUCCUGCGUACCAACAACAGCAGCAUCAGCAACAGCAACAACAACAGUCACCCCAGCCUAGCCCACGACUCUCAUAUCAGCAGUCUCCUCAGCCCAGUCCAAGACUUCCGAGUCAGCAAAAUAUCCCUUCUCGGCACAGCUCGAAUAGCAGCUAUCAAGUGACCAACCCUGAUCCACCACCAACAAAUCGGCAAAGCUCCAACGUCGAACAAUGGCAGCGGAGUGUGCAGUCAGAUCAACCGAUUGACGGGAACUACUACCGCAACUCCCGCAACUCGCAUUCAGGACAGCCAAUGGAACCAGACCAUCAGCGCUUCUCGAAUCUGUCGAUACAGCACAAUGCGAAUGAUGCUCCGCCAGUGUCAAGAUCGGCGAAAUGUCCCGUUUGUGGGCUCUUUGAGGGCGACGAGAAAGCUGUCAGCCAUCACGUCUCGAAAGAGCAUUUCCAUUAA